AUGACAGAAGGUUGGUAUACAAGAAUCAUAUCAAAGCAAUUUUCAAAAAUCAGAUGGAUAACUAUCGGUGACUUCUGGAUCAAUAUAUAUAAUUGCAAAAAGGAUAAAACACCAGUUAUGGCUCUUCACACAAGUAAUUUAGAAAUAACCGAUUCAACUGACGAGAUUUCAAAUGCUCAUUCAUUCAAGGUACUCAUUAACCAUAAUUGCGCCCAAAAAUCUGUCAUUAUUUCAACACCAAAUCAAUUUGAUAUUGUUGAAAUUAAAGAACGUCUUCAAAAAGAAAUCGCAGCAUGGAAUGAAUAUGCACUCUCAACUGUCCCUAAGUUACCGCAACAAUUUGUCAUGGAUAAUACCGGAAAAUUCGUUUACCGAAAUAUUGAUAGACUUCAUGUUAGCAUUAUAGAAGACGGAAUCGAGAUAAAGCAAGAAAGUAAGGAUGAUAUCAAAAUUUUAGCAAAUUCUACAUUUGAUGUUUAUCCAACACUCGAAACAGAAUCAGAUCCUCGUUGGGUUGCUAUUACUUCAAAUACAGGAAGCUACCAUUUACAUUGCCAAACUUUUGAAGAUGCAAAACAAUUUGUUAAUCUCAGUCUUCACUUUUAUCGUCGGCUUUCAGACAAGAAAACCUAA